CCGUGCAUUAGUAUCGUCCUGAGCUUGGUAAUGCAGCCUUCACGGUGAAUUUACCGCCACCUCGGUGCGCCCACUCUGCAGGUCUCAGGCCGCCCAACUCCAGGACCUGAAAUUCCUCGACGCGACUUGUACCGAACUUACAUAAUGCAUGUGCCGCUGCCCAUGACUCCGGAGGCAAGCCGUCCUCGGACAGACACGAGCGCGCCGGACAGCGCCUCCAGCCGUUGGACGCUGGCAAGCAGCUCGCCUCGGACGGCAUGCCCGAUUUGCGACGGUGGCACAAAGCGCCCCCGUUCGCUGUGACGUACCAGCCACCCCCGCUUCGCUUCGCGUUCCUCCACGAACGAGCCCAUGGAAGGGCCAAAGCACCACCCCUUUCGCAUCCGGCGGGUGGAUGCACGGAUGCACGCACCGACCGCUCCUCCCUCCCUAUGAGCUGCUCGCCAUUCACCUGCGCCCACCCCCCGGUGACCAAGCCUGCUGCUAGCCCGGACCUAUCACUUGUUUCGCGUUACAUGGACAGGCAGGCGCUCCCCGGCCUACACACAGCAUCCUCGACCAAGCAAGACCAGCGAGCGAGCGAGCUUUGUCCAUUCCCUGCGCGACCCCGGCGAUUGCGAGUGUGGGGAGACGCUUUGGCACGCACAGGCGGCAGGGAGCCCGAUCGGUGUCUUGUCCACCUCCAGGACGCUCUUCCACAAACCCGCGGCGUGGUCUCGGCCGCCUCGCGCCCGCUCCGCCAGGUCGCGUCUGGACCGUCCCCCACCGAGGCCAUCGCCCCGACUCGUCCACCUAAGAGCCGCCUGGGUGAGACGGCAAGCACUCUGGUUGGCUGGCUCAACACGCAGGGGCCUGCCCAAUGGUUUGUGCGCCGCGGACGGGCUAGCGCACGGUAUGCUUCCGCCAGGACGAGCGCGUCCUGCCGCAGGCACUCGGGCUUGGCGCUACUUGCAGAGAUCUGUGAUCGGUCCCUGAGCCCCGCACCGGACCUGCCUCAUCGGGAUGCUCUCUUUCGCCGGAGCCGCCCUCCCGCGCCUCGGCUGCUCGACGGCCGCUGCGCCGCACGCUCGCUGCAGCCAGCGUCGACACCCGCAGCCGCAGCCGCGACGACAUUGGUAUGCGCGGGGGAGCCUGAGGGGAGCUGUUGAAGGCGACGAUCGUCUCGGUCAUACGCGCUCACACAUAGCGGCGGUACGGGCACCGUGCGGGUGCGAGGGCCAUGUGCACCGUGAUUGUCCGUGAAUGCGUGUUGGUAUACGGGCCACGGCGUGGCGCGCUCGAGGGCGUUGCACGUUGCACGGCUGGCUGGCCUCGAUAGGAUGUCGCUCCGACUCGCAAAGGGGCGAGUCGUCGUACGUACGUAUUGGGGCCCCGUGAAGCCUAAGCUUAUGGGCCUAGUGUAGCACCCGCGUUAUUCUUAGACUCAGGCCAGUCCAGCACCAGAGGGACUAGAACACUCGACAGGAUAUACUUGGGAUAUACUGCCCGACAUUGUCAUCGCACGCGGACAUUCCCACCA